ACAAACAAACCAAAAUUCCGUGAAUGAUGUAUAAAUGUUUUUGUGCUAAUGUUUCAGAAUGUUAUUAAAGAUCAGAUACUGAAAGUUCUAUUAUAGCAUUACUAGAAACACGUUUGUUGCCAGAACCUUGCCAGAACAUUCAUAACGAUUCCUGUUAGCUGGCAGUGACUCAUUUACUUCUCCGGAGGAACUGUAGGAGAAAUAUUUGAUACUGUGAAACUUGAUUCAAAUAGGUUACAUUUCCUGCAUUGUGAGACUUAAUCAGGUACUUGAGUUAAACGCAGAAGGAAAGUGACAUUGAUGGACACCUUCUGCUCUUUUCUCAUGGAUGGCAGUGCUGAUGAAUGAGCAGAUUUACCAGCCGUCCUGAUUUGAUGUUUGUAGCGAGUCUGGUGAGGACACAUCAGAAAACUCUCAUACUUCCUGUGGCAGCUUCAGAACCGAAUCACAACUCUCACAACCAGACACAUCGCCGGACACCCCAGGUCUGUAACCUGAUCCUGUCUGUGGCUUCACUGCCGCUGAUGAAAUGCCUCGAUCGUUUCUAGUGAAAAGUAAGAGGGCGGGGCAUCACUCCACACGCUCCGCCCACUCUCAGCAUGGACAUCAUGACAGAUGGACGUCCAGCAGUCGCUCAUCGGCUCUGGAGCUGCUGCCCUGCACAUCCACCGACAGCAGCCAGACCCAAAACAGCACUGAUGGAGCUGGAGCUGGAGCCUGGCCUUCAUCCACUGCAGGGAAGCAGUCUGGAGUUUGUCCCCCAUCUGACCUGUCGUCCUCUGCUGCUGUGGAGAGACAGCGUGAUCUGGAGCGUCUGAUUCAGGCUUUACUCAGGCACCAUCCGCUGACCAACAUCCAGACGCCGCUGUGUGAGUGUCCGCUCUGUGAGAAGUUCCUGUCCUCUGCUGUGGGUUUGGCAUCGCACUUGUGCAGGUCACAUGACAACAGGGCUGCUCUCCCAUUGGCCGGCUCCGCAGGCUGUACCCAGGAGCAUUAUGGGUACAGACCUACGGGAAUACUAAAGAUGAGAGAGCGGAGUUUCGCCUGUAAGGUUUGUGGGAAGGUGUUUAAGAGGUCUUCGACUCUCUCCACACACCUGCUCAUUCACUCGGACACACGGCCGUUCCCUUGCCCCUACUGCGGAAAGAGAUUCCACCAGAAAUCUGACAUGAAGAAACAUACGUUUAUACACACAGGUGAGAAGCCUCAUGUGUGCGUGGUGUGUGGUAAAGCGUUCAGCCAGAGCUCCAAUCUGAUCACACACAGCAGGAAACACAGCAGCUACCAGCCCUUCAGAUGCUCACACUGCCCGCUCGGCUUCCAGAGGAGACUGGAUCUACAGCGCCACCUACAGACGCACUCGGAGAACGACAGCGACAGACUGUACCACGGGACCUGAGAGAGACCAGCUGCACACAAACAUUGCUUUUUUUACCCUAAAGUAUUACUUUAUAAUGUUUGUCAGUUUAAGAUGUUUGCACCAAAAACAUUUUUCUUCUGUCCCUCUAACUUUAUUGUACAUGUCAUUGCAUUGUAAAAAUAUCAGAACAUACUGGUAAAAAAAAAAAAAAGGCCUGUAUGCACUAUAAGUCGCUUUGGAUAAAAGUGUCUGCUAAAUGCAUAAAUGUAAAUGUAGAACGUCCUAUACUGUACAUUUAUGGCUUAAAGACCUUUUAUUAUUUCAUAUCAAUUGGUGUCAUAAUCACAAGGUUUAACAAUUUUUUUGAGUCAGAACAUAUUUUUCAGAUGAGCAGGAAUCAUCUCGAUGCGCAUAUGACCAUUUGACAA